AUGGACGCCUCCACAGCAGCACGGCACGCAGCAGUGGCUGCUGUUCUCAGAGCGAUCGUCGCUGACAAGAGGCCGACUCGUCUCCGUGGCUCCCUCUCCUUGUCCCCUUCUGCCGCCUCUACUUUGUCCCCUUCUCCUUCGCCCUUUUCAGCGCCACCGACGGAGGCGCGUUGCAGAGCCGCCCACCCCUCCGCAGGGCGCUCCACUGUCUCUCCGAGUCUCCUUUCUCUGUCUUCUCACCUGGCGGCUGAUCUUCCAGACGGGGCGGAAAGCGCCGAUGGGAUAGCCGACGCUGUGCAAGUUUGGGGCGAGCUGGCGGAUUUGAAUCGCGAGGAAGAAGUCGCUUUGUGGCAAUUGCUGCUGGAGAGACUGCAAGAGAUCGAAGCGAGCGUGACGCCCACUGAGCAGGUGAUUAUUCUCGACGCUCUCGCGCGCCUUCCGCCGCAGCUCUUGUUCACGUCCGUAAAGGCUCACGGUGCAGAGCCCGCCGCCUCUCCAUCUCUCUUUUGUGAUCGCGUCCACGCCACUGCGAGACGGCUCAUGGGGCGGAUGGCACACCAAGUUUCCGUCCUUCCUGUUGCCGCUUUGGCCGUGAUUCUUCGUGCAGCAGCUGUCCUCGAUGUGCCCCACGCUGGCCUGCUCGGCGCGGUUUCUGUCGCCCUGCAGAGCGAGAGAAAUUCCGCGCCGUUUGAAGACAAGAGAAGCCUCGGGUCCCGCGCCGGGCAUGCAUCUCGCGCAGCAGGAUGCGCCGAACUCGACAGCGGAGCCGUUGGACACCAGAGAGAACAGGGAAACUCGGCUAAACAGAGAGAGGCGCGUGAAGCGGAGACGGGGACGGCUCUGGGACGCGCAGAGCAGGGUGAGGGCAGGGGCGACCUCGGAAACAGAGAAGAGCACAGCGACGGCUGCGACAGGUGCGCUGAGCGCGGAGACGGGAAACGGCAAGCAGAAGCAGGGACACGCGAAGACGAGGAGGAAUCAACUCGUGAACAGCAUCUGGGAGGCAGAGGCAUCUGCGCGGUGGUGUAUGGACACCUCGCGUUAAACAAACAUGGCUUUGCUUUCGAUCCGAUACCUUUUCUUCAACAGUUUCUUUCUCCUCAAGUCUGCGCAACUCUCUCGCCGACGCGUGCAGCCGCCCUUGCCACAUACGGCCGGCACUGCCUCGAGGCUCACCUUGCCGGAGUUGAGGAUCCGCACCACGCGCGGAAGCUGAAGGCAAUCGCGAGGCGCUCUGAUGAACGGGACAGAGACACGCGACAGCUCCGAGGUUUUACUCAGGAAGAACCAGAAAUGAGUCGCGUGCGCCUCCUUUGUGCGCUGACGCCCCUCGUUCACAGACUGCUUCAGAUUCAGAGUGGCCGCACGGCGCCUUCAUCGGCUGCGCCGUCUUCUCCCGCGUCUGCGCUGCUGUGUCUCGGUGCAUCGACGCCUCCGUCUGCAUCGCUUUUUUCGUCUCUUCUAUCUCUGACGCCGACAAACCUAAACCGCCCUUGGUACACACAUCUGGCUAUGCUGGAGGAGGAACCGGAAGAUCGAGGCCCGAAGGCGGAAACUCAAGGGCAGACGACGCGUCCCUUCACCUCGCUCUUCUCCCCGGGCGAAGUCACUGCAGCUGCAGCGUUCGCUUGUGCGUAUCUGGUGUCUUUCCAGCGGCUGAGGCGAAUGCCUAAAGGUGGCGCGUGCGACUUGCGUUCGAUCGAUGCGUGCACUCUGAAGGAGUCAGGCUCCGACGACGCUGCUGACCAGACACGCGGCAGCGGCGGCGGCGCUGCGUCUCGGCGGACGGGCGAGGCGGAUACAGGCGCAGAGACGUUCGAGGAAAGAGGACAGGCGCGAGUGAAGCCGCGGCAACGGGCAAGAGGGUCCGGCGGAGAGGGCGAAGCGACAACGACGGAGAGUCACGCGGACGAGGAUGCCUGCGGGCUCCAGCGGGGUGCCGAAGAAAGCAGUCGUUUGCUUCGCAGCUUCGCCGAGGCGCUCCCGUCGCUCCUGGGGCGCAUGUCCGGAGCUGACGCCGCUGCCAUCUUCUCAGGCCUGCACAGGCUCGGGUGUCUCGACACCUGGACGGCAGAAGCCUUAGCGGAUGUGAUGGAGCGGGAGUUAAACCGAACGUCGCCGGCGACGCAGCGACACUCCGCGCCGUGGGGCGCGCGCCGACCGGGUUUGCCGACCUUCUGGAGCGAGGAACGCCUCGCCUUUCCAUUGCUUCUCCACGACGCGCUUCACUUCCUCGAAGCAGCCGUCGCCGGAGGAAUCCUCUGCCGCCGCUCGCUUCUCUUGCACGCUCUCGCAGCCAACCUCGCACGCGAGGCUUCGUCGCUCUCAGAAGCGCAAAAAAGGCGACUCGUCCUGGUCUGCGACUCCCUUGGGCUCGGCGUGCUCUGUGACGCUGCUGUGAACACGCAUGCAGAUUGCCCCGAUGACAAGAUGCAUUUCCGUGCCGUCCACGCAGCAUCUGAUGGAGGGGCUGAUGCCUGUCGCUGA